AUGGAAGACUCAAACAGAACUUCUCCAGACAAAUUCAUCCUUCUUGGGUUAUCUAAUGUCCCUUACCUCCAGAUUAUCUGCUUCCUUGUGUUUUUAUUUAUGUAUAUUAUCACGUUGUCAGGAAACUUUUUGCUGAUCCUUGUAGUGAGGAUCAACCCACAACUACACAGUCCCAUGUACUUUUUCCUUAAUAACCUCUCCAUUAUUGACAUAUGUUUCUCCUCUUCCAUAGUACCUGUAAUCCUAAUAAAUACCCUAGCUAAGGAAAAGAGUAUUUCACUAUUAGGAUGUGCAGCCCAGAUGUUCAUCUCUUUAACAUUAGGGGCAACAGAAUGUAUAAUACUGGCCGUCAUGGCCUAUGAUAGGUUUGCUGCCAUCUGUAAGCCGUUGCACUACAACAACAUCAUGAACACGAAAAUGUGUGUUUGUUUAGCUGCCGGGUCAUGGAGUGUGGGCUUCAUCAACUCCAUCAUUCAUGUGGCCCUCACAUUCCAACUGCCAUUCUGCAGGUCCCAUCAUGUCAAUCACUUCUUCUGUGAGGUACCUCCAUUCCUGAGAUUGUCCUGCAGAGAUACUUGGCUCAAUGAGAUAUUAAUGUAUAUCUCAACAGGGAUUAUCACAGUGUUUGCUUUUUUCUUGAUACUAGUUUCCUACAUCCAUAUUAUCUCCUCCAUUAUGAAGAUCCGUUACACCCAAGGGAGGUAUAAAGCUUUCUCCACCUGUGCCUCCCACCUCAAUGUUGUCACCCUCUACUAUGGGGCCAUUAUGUUCAUGUAUCUGCAGCCACGCUCCAGUUACUCUUAUGAAACAGAUAUGAUUGUGUCUAUUCUCUAUACAGCAGUUACUCCAAUGUUGAACCCCUUCAUAUACAGUGUGAGGAAUAAGGAUGUGAAAGACACCAUAAUGAAUCUGAAAAGACGAUGA